AGACACGAGGAGCGGAGGCGGCGGAGAGGAGCGGAGCCGCAGUCUGUGAUCCAGACACCGAGCGGCCUGACUGACUGACUGACUGAAGAUGCUGAGACUGAGGAUCCUGAAUGCUGUCGCUCCCUCCUAUUUCCUGGGUGUCUCUGGUACCACCAUGGUGCUGCAGCUUUCCCUCUUCAUUCCCACCCUGUUUGAAGCUCCUGCCUCUCAGGUGCUCUGCUCCCGCGCCGCUCACAUCUGUUUCUUCCUCUACAUAUCUGCCAAUGUGCUGGGAAACUACUUCCUGAUCCUGUGGUUCCCUUCUGAGUGUUUGCAGAGCAGUAUCCGGGGCUGCCCUGAAGGAGGGGAGAGACAGCCUGGCAGCCACUUCUGUAAACUCUGCAGUAAGCUCAUACUGCGGCGGGAUCACCACUGCUUCUUCACCGCCAACUGCAUCGGCGACAGGAACAUGCGCUACUUCCUGAUGUUCGGGCUGUACACCUCGCUGGUCUGCCUGUACUCCCUGGUGCUGGGUGUGGCUUACCUGAGUGUCGAAUACCAGCUCUCCUUCCACAACCCGCUCACCUUCCUCACUCUCCUUCCUCUCUCCUUCGUCUACUUCUUCUUUGGCACCAUCCCCUCCUUCCAGCUCUUCCUGGUCCUGAUGCUCUAUAUCUGGUUAGGGAUCGGAUUGACCUGCACCGGGUUCUGCUGCCAGCAGCUGUUGUUGGUCGCUCGGGGGCACACCUGGUAUCAAGUGAGGAAAGGUCUUGUGGUGCGCCGCACACCCUGGGGUGCCAACCUGCAUGACGUGUUCGGCAGCCACUGGCUCCUCGGCCUCUUCCUCCCUGUGCCCACCGUGGUGCAGGAGCUCACGCCCCCCAGCACGGAGAAAGGUAAAGGCAGCUGACGUGGGGAGCUGUGUGUACAGCUGGAGGGUGCAGAUAGCCUGGGCCUGGCCUGGGACAGCGAGCGCUUGUCAUACUCGCGAUGCCAGAAGAAAUGUUUUCACAGAAAAUUGUUAAUUGUGAAAUGCUUUACCACAAAUGACUAUUGUAACCAAUGGCGAAUUGGAUAAAUUCUAAAAUCAAAGGGUUCGGAGAAAGAGUAGGGGAAUAGGAUUUAGAUCAGAGCUACAGUUAGCACCACAGAAAUGUACAACACAUAAGAAGGCCAUUGUGUCUGUGCUACUCUUUGAGAGAAAAUCCAUUCAGUCCCAUUUACCUGCCUCCUCCCCACCAUAUCCCUACAAUUUACUGCUGUUUAGAUAUCUAUCUUGUUCCUUCUUGAAAGCUGACAUGGAUCCUCGACCAUCGCCCACGUAAGGGCAUUCCACAUCCUAACAACCCUCGGUGUGAAAAACAUUCCUCAGAAUCUUCCUCCUUUGCUAAUAUCUUAAAAUGACGCCCUCUAGUCUGAUCUUUUGACCGGUGGAAAUAAUUUAUACCUAUUGACAAUAAAAACACAAAUCAUUUAAAAAAUCUCUCGUCAACCAGUACAGACACAAAAGAGCAGGGAAUGAAAUUCCAAUAGCGGAGUGAGUCCUUCAGAUAGGAUAACACCUCAGAGUGCUUUACAAAGACAGGAUGGGAUGGCAAGCAUGGGGGAGCGUAGGAUGGUGGAGGAGUUGACCAUAGUUGCCGUUAAGGUAGGAUUUUAGACAGGAUUUAAAGUAAUGGAGAGGGAACUAGACUGAUGGGGAGAGGGAGUCCUGGAGGUUAGGGGUACAGAAUCUGAAUGCUUGGCUGAUGAAGACGUGAGGGGGUGGGAGACACGCAGCAAUGGAGGGGUCGAGCAUAAUAGUGGGGUUAUUGAAGAUCAGAGAUGCGAAGAUUUGCAUAAGGCUGAGUACACCAGUACAGCUAUGAUGGGGAAAGAAUAGGAGAAUGAGAUUAAAGUAGGCAGCUCCAAUUGGGUGGCAAGACAAGAACCACCAUCAACACGAUGGAGAAAGAGCAGGAAAAUGGGAUUAGAGAGUUCCAAUGGGGAGCAAGCACCAGUACAGUACUGGGGAAACAGUAGGGAAAUGGGAUUUGAGUAGAGAGCUCCAUUGGUGAAGCAAGCACCAGUACAGACAUGAUGGCUGAAUGGUAUCCACUUAUGCUGUAAUCAUUUUGAUUCUAUUUGAUAAAUUUAAGAUUUCCAUUACUCAUUUUUUUUAAACAUAUGAUCAUUUUUUUCCUCCAUGCAUCACUCUAGAUUUCUCUAUACUAAAAUCCAGUCACCAAUACUCCACACACACAUCCUCCAGUACCAUUCCUAGCCAGUCUCCCUGUGUUGCUUUUAAGAAGUUAAUGGAACAUCAACUGAUUUUGUUAGCUGUAGUGUUGCUGUAGGAUUCUGAAGGUUAAACCUGUGUCUCUCAUUCUGCUCUCACCAUCUUCAUUAAAACAGCUUUUUCAUGGGCAGCAUCAUUUUUACAACUCAACAUUUCUAAGAUCUGGAUCAUGUUCUCUUCUAUAUUUGUCGUAAUGAGAACAAGUGCAGUUCUGUGAUCCUCUACCCAAAAGUUAAAGUCCAAGUUCCAGAAUCAACUUUAUUGUUCUUCUCCAAACACCUGAAUAUCCCUUUGAAGGUAAACGGCCCAAGACUUCUCCUAAUAUCCCAUGCGUUGCUCCCGGGCAACUACACAAAAUUAGAAUAGUGUAUGCCUUUCACUAUCUGGUUCAAAAUUUUAAAAUACAACCACAGCAACUUGUUUAACUCUUUCUGAGAUACUCCCACAGGCAACACAUGUCUCCAGUACUUUGGCCAUUCUUCAAAUGAGCUUCCUUCAACUUAAGUUAUUUAACCAUGGAGGAUGAGCCCCAAUCCUGUUUUCAAACAUCUACACAGGAGCACUUUAGGAAGAGGGAACACUACCUGAUUUUCCCCCCUCCCCUCUUUAAUCCAGGGGCCCUGACUGCUGCCCUCACUGAAACCAACACAGAUGGAGAAUCGAAUUGUCAUCCUGGUCCUUCAGUACUGCUGCAAUGAGUAGUGUGUUUAUUCUUCAGGGCCAGUGAGGAAGCAAAGAUUUGUCACUCAAAGGGGCUGUUGGGUUGCCUGGUAAAUAUGUUUUAUUGCCAUUGCCAUUCAUAUCAAGGCAGUUUUUGAUUCCUUCUCCGGGCAGCUGAUCACCAUGUCCCAAUAUUAUUGUGAAGCUUGCUGCUUUUUAUAAAGCUCAUUAAUCAGCUCAUGUUUAACUAGAAAUCAUCCAACUGGAUCCAACUUUUGUAUAAACUGCUGAUAAGCCCAGUGCCACCGCAGCCUUAGAACUGAAAUAUAUGCUUUCAUUACAUCGAGGUCUGACUUGCAAACUCCUUGCUCGUCGGCCUCCCAAUUGCUCCCACCAUAGGCUGCAGAUCAUCCAGAAUUCUGCAGCCCGCAUCCUCUCCCGCA